CAGCACGCGCCCAGGAGGGAGCAUGGAAGUGCAGUGGAGGAAGCAAGCAGGAUGAGAAGAUAAGGAGAUUAGUGGGUGAGGUGCUUCACACCUCAGGCUGCUAGUCCUCACCUCUCACCGUCUGCCCUGCGGCUCCCAGUGCUGACUCCAGAAGCUUCAUCUUGGGUGAGAGAUGUGUGAUCAGACCUUCCUAGUUAAUGUAUUUGGCUCAUGUGACAAAUGUUUCAAACAAAGAGCUCUGAGACCAGUUUUCAAGAAAUCUCAACAACUCAGCUACUGUUCAACAUGUGCAGAAAUUAUGGCAACCGAGGGGCUGCACGAGAACGAGACGCUGGCGUCGCUGAAGAGCGAGGCCGAGAGCCUCAAGGGCAAGCUGGAGGAGGAGCGGGCCAAGCUACACGACGUGGAAUUGCACCAGGUGGCAGAGCGGGUGGAGGCCCUGGGACAGUUUGUCAUGAAGACCAGAAGGACCCUCAAAGGCCAUGGGAACAAAGUCCUGUGCAUGGACUGGUGCAAGGAUAAGAGGAGGAUUGUGAGCUCGUCACAGGAUGGGAAGGUGAUCGUGUGGGAUUCCUUCACCACGAACAAGGAGCACGCGGUCACUAUGCCCUGCACGUGGGUGAUGGCAUGUGCUUAUGCCCCGUCGGGAUGUGCCAUUGCUUGUGGUGGUUUGGAUAAUAAGUGUUCUGUGUACCCCUUGACGUUUGACAAAAAUGAAAACAUGGCUGCCAAAAAGAAGUCUGUUGCUAUGCACACCAACUACCUGUCGGCCUGCAGCUUCACCAACUCUGACAUGCAGAUCCUGACAGCAAGCGGUGAUGGCACAUGUGCACUGUGGGACGUGGAGAGCGGGCAGCUGCUGCAGAGCUUCCAUGGACAUGGGGCUGAUGUCCUCUGCUUGGACCUGGCCCCCUCAGAAACUGGAAACACCUUCGUGUCUGGGGGAUGUGACAAGAAAGCCAUGGUGUGGGACAUGCGCUCCGGCCAGUGUGUGCAGGCCUUUGAAACACAUGAAUCUGACAUCAACAGUGUCCGGUACUACCCCAGUGGAGAUGCUUUUGCUUCAGGGUCAGAUGAUGCUACGUGUCGCCUCUAUGACCUGCGGGCAGACAGGGAGGUUGCCAUCUAUUCCAAAGAGAGUAUCAUAUUUGGAGCAUCCAGCGUGGACUUCUCUCUCAGUGGUCGCCUGCUGUUUGCUGGAUACAAUGAUUACACUAUCAACGUCUGGGACGUUCUUAAGGGGUCCCGGGUCUCCAUCCUGUUUGGACAUGAAAACCGUGUUAGCACUCUACGAGUUUCCCCCGAUGGGACUGCUUUCUGCUCAGGAUCAUGGGAUCAUACCCUCAGAGUCUGGGCAUAAUCAUAAAUGCACUCAUGUAUACCUGAGAAUUUGAAAUCUUCACAUGUAAAUAGAUAUUACUUCUAGAGGAGCUUAGGGUUUACUGCAGUUUAGCUUAGGGGAGCAACCCAUGGCUCAGAGGUCACCAAGCAUCUCCAAUAUGACUAUUAAAACUGUCGCUUCUGGAAAUACACUAGUGUGAGCCUUCAGCACUACGAGAAUACCUUCAAGUACAGUAUUUUUCUUUUGGAACACUUUUUUAAAUGUAUCUGGUUUUAUCUGUUUUUAAGGUUAUUCUAAAUUAUUCUAGCCUCAACUCAUUCUGUCACCAGUAGAAUUCAGCAGUUAACAUAUUCUAUAUUAUUUCUUUGAAUCAAUUCAUUUUCAGAGUGCUUUAAAGUCUGGGAUUUCUUGAUGUGCACUGUGAUACCUGGAACUUUCCUCUGGAAGUGCUGGUUUUAUGGACUGAGGACUGGUAACUGGUGUGUGAUAGAAGCAAAUUCCAAUUCCAAAUGUAAUUAAUUAGACAAAAAUCACUUUUUUUUGGAAUGUGUUUUUGUUGUAAAAGUAUCUUUUUCAGCCUCCUGUUCUAUUGUCUUUUUUCAGAUAAAACAUGUUUGCCUAUGGUGAACUGCUAUAAAUGAUGCAGAGAAAUGCCUAAAAUGGACAGGUUGUUUGAUUCAUGGAUGAUGUGAUAAUAUGUCACUGUGUCACUUGGACAGGGCAUUUUCUCUGAAUCGAAGGAAAAGCCAGUGCUGUCUGUAAACAAAUGCUUCUGAGAGCAAGCAAAACUUUUCUGAAUGGGUACACAAGAUAGGAAACUUAUUUAAAAACAUAACAGUAGAAUUAGCGGAAACGUUUCAGUUAAAGUGGAGCUUGUCCAUAAUAAUUAUAUUCAUAUGUAUUGCAUUGCAUUUAUAAGAACAUAUGCAGAUUGACUGAUAGUCUUGAAUAAUGUCUGUUCCUCUUAUAUAGAAAGAAAAACAAUAUUAAAAGAUCUUCUCCCUUUUUUUUUUUGAGACAAAGUCUCACUCUGUCGCCCAGGCUGGAGUGCAGAAGUACAAUCUCAGCUCACCACAACCUCCGCCUCCAGGGUGCAAGCGAUUCUCCUGCCUCAGUCACCCGAGUAGCUGGGACCACAGGCAGCACCACCAUGCCCAGCUAAUUUUUGUAUUUUUAGUAGAGGCAGAGUUUCACGGUAUUAGCCAGGAUGAUCUUGAUUUUCUGACCUUGUGAUCUGCCCACCUCAGUCUCCCAAAAUGCUGGGAUUACAGGUGUGAGCCACCACACCCGGCCACAAGAUCUUCUCUUUAUUUGAGAUUCAGAAUUCCCUCUGGAAGAAGGAACUGCUUUUUGUUAUAGGAUCCCUUCUUUUCCUUUUUUUUUGUAUAAUGUAGAUGCUUAUUCUUUGCUUUAGAAAACUUCUUAUUUAAAAAGAUAGCAUGCAUUAUUAUUUAGGGAAAUAAAAGGUCACCUCAGACACCAGAUGUCAUUCUAGGGUGAGGCCUGCCUCGUGGGUGGCCUGGGGUCUGCUGGCGGGUUCUGGCUGCGCCUGAAGGCUGUGUGUUCCCUGUCCCUUGGAUUGUCAUGUCUCCUCUCCUGGUCCUGCUCCAGCCUAGCCCUUCUCCUCGUGGUAGUUCUGGCUUUGCAGGCCCAGCUCCAGGCUGGGCUCCUGUGAACAUCCAGGGGUGUGCCAGGCCCACCCUCACAACUGCUUGUUCAGGUAUCGUGAUGGGCCACUUGGUCCAAAAUCAGCCAGGCCAGCUUUACCAUCACCUCACUUCAAAUAAACAUGAUAAUUAUGUUUGAUGAUUUGCAGAGCACUUACUGGUAGUUUUACUGUACAACAGGGUCUGGGGUAGAGAGAGAAAAAUAAAAGGCCUCUGCCUGCCUCCAGUGAGCCCAGAGAGACCAAUUUUUAUUCCCAGUAGAUUCCAGUCUGGGUAGGGGCUCAGGAAAUGGGCCCAGUGUCUGGCCAGCUCCUGCUGGCUGCUGAAGGGGUCAGGGACACCAUGGGAUUCCCAAGCUCAGCUCCAGAAUGUCCCAGAGUGGUCCCUGGUGCAGCUGGCCUCCUUGUGGUGGCAUCCCCAGCUCUUUGUCCCACAGCCUUUCUUUCUUCUUUGUCUUUGCACUGUGCCUUCCAGCUCCUAGGAGUGAAGGAAGGCACGGGAAAGGAAGGAAAGGUGGCCCAGGGGAAGCACCAUUCCAGGUUCUGUGUUUGCAAGGGUGGAGAGCACCUUGAAGAUAUGUGCAAAGUAGACUACUGACUUUCCAAUCCAAAAAGCCACUUUAAGGGCCCAGGGAAAGUAUUCCAGAGAAUGGUUCCACUUCUCCCAUGGGCAGGAAGUCCCCUCGCUGUGAGUGUGUGCUCUCGCAGUGGGCACGGGAUUUGCUGAUGAGAUGCUUGAUUUGGACUCUGUGGCAGCAUGUGGAGACUCGGGGUAUGCUCUGCGGAAUAGAUUGUAUUCUUAGAUUGAAUAUAAUGCGAGUGCAUUUUUAUAAUCAGCUUUUCUUUUUUCCAGAGGACUCGGGGAUAAACCUACCAAACCAAUUGUGGUGAAGGAGCCAAACAGAUGGGCCCUAGAGGUGUAGAGCCUUGGGCAGCCCCCUCCCUGGCCAGAAAAAAGAAGGUUCUGGCAGAAAAGAGGUGUGGGCGAUGGGUAUUUAUGGGAAAUACCUGUGACGGGAAGCCAAGUCCAGGGUCUUUAGAAUGCACAGUCAGCCUCUCACCAGUGGGGCCCUGGCAGCCGUCCCUGUCCCCCCACCAGUGAGUCAGAUGUCCCCCCACUGGUGAGUCAGAGGUGGGGCACCCUGGAACCACUGCCCUCUUCCUGCCCUUCUGUCUCCUCCACACCCUUCUGUAGAUUAUAAGUGGUUUAAAGCAACACAGGGUUGUAAGGGCCUUUGUGUCCCAGGCUCUUGUGGUUGCCAGGCCAGCUGGCUGAAAGGUGGCACCACCGAUACUGGGACUCCUCUGUGAGUCAGCAGGGCUCCAUGGUGACAGAGGAGGAGGUCUGACCUUGGUUCACGCCCAGCUCUGUCACUUUCAGGGAAUAUAUAAUAUCUGAGUUUCUCUCAGCCUCAGUUUCCCCAUCUGUAACAUGGGAGGGCACUAAAAUAUGUAAAGUGCCUGCCUCAGCCCUUGGCACAUCUUUAGGAAGGGUUAGUUCCUGGCUUCCUCCCUGUGUCCUCCUCAGUCCCCUUCCUGUUUGCCCCCCUCCCUUCUCCCUCCAUCUAUCCUCCCUCUUUCUCUUCCCUUCCCCUCCUCUCUCCUUUCUUCUCCCUCCCUCCCAUCUCCUCCUCCCUCUCUCCCAUCUCCUCCUCCCUCCCUCCCAUCUCCUCCCUCCCUCCCUCCCAUCUCCUCCUCCCUCCCUCCCAUCUCCUCCUCCCUCCCUCCCCUCUCCUCCUCCCUCCCUCCCCUCUCCUCCUCUCUCCCUCCCAUCUCCUCCCUCCCUCCCUCCCAUCUCCUCCUCCCUCCCUCCCAUCUCCUCCUCCCUCCCUCCCAUCUCCUCCUCCCUCUCUCCCGUAUCCUCUUUCCUCUCUGCUGCUCAUUCUCCCAGAUGAAUGAGUCUCAUUAAUCUGGACUCCUUUUUAUAACCCCUCUCCAUCUUCCUCCCUUCCUCAUGUCCUCUUCCUCUCUCUCCGUUUUUCACCUCUUUCCUGGUCUCCUUCCCUCCUCUUCUGCCCUUUCUCCCUCCCUCCUUCUCCCUCCCCAUUCCCCUUCCCCCAAUGCUUUCUUUUCUCCCCAUCUCCUCCCCCUCCAUAACCAGCCCCCACUCAUAUAGCAAGUUAGUAGUUCUCAUCAAUUGGAGCUUCAUCUAAUUGUGGUUCUCAAGCUUUUUGAUCUUAGGAUCCCUCUACACUUUAUUUUGUUUAUUUUUUUUGAGAUGGUGUUUCGCUCUUAUUGCCCAGGCUGGAGUGCAAUGGCACAAUCUCAGCUCACUGCAACCUCUGCCUCCCAGGUUCAUGUGAUUCUCCUGCCUCAGCCUCCCAUGUAGCUAGGAUUACAGGCAUGCACCACCAUCUCUGGCUAAUUUUGUAUUUUUAGUAGAGAUGGGGUUUUUCUGUGUUGGUCAGGCUGGUCUCGAACUCCCAAUCUCAGGUAAUCCGCCCAUCUCAGCCUCCCAAAGUGCUGGGAUUACAGACAUGGACCACCGCACCUGGCCUACACUCUUAAAAGUUGUUGAGGACCCCAAAUAACUUGUGUUCAUUGUGGAUUGUAUCUAUCCAGAUUUCUUGUAUUAGAGAUUGAGACUGAGAAAAGUUGUAAAACACAAGAAUACAGAUGCACACAUUCCAUUAGCCAUCAAGGUGGUGCUUUCAUCCACGCCGUAGUCUCUGAAAACUCCUGAGAGAAUGAAAAUUAAAAAGCCACCUAUAAAAAAAAAAGUCAUUAUUAUUAUGAAAAUAGUUUUGGCCUUGAGGACCUCCCCGAGAUGGUCUCAGGGACCCUUGGGGCUCUGGAUCAUGCUUUGAGAACAGCUGAUCUGGGCUUAUGAUCCCUUUUCCAGCCCCUCUGUGUGAGACCUCCCAGAGGCCAUUAAGGGCCUUGGAGGAGCUUGGGAAAGAAAGAGGUGACAGGAUGAUUGAGGAGAGCCACCGUAGGGAAGGCCUUUGGAAGAGGCUUUGGGGCAGCGCAGGUCGGUGGAGGAAGUCCCAGAGAGGCAGUCAGGAGGGCUAGAGACCAGCUGAGGCCCAUGACCCUCCAAAAAUCCUUUCAAAAGAGGAUGCCUGGGAGCCUGGGGAAAGCACAGCAGGUGGGGUAGAAGACUGACUGGGGCAGACUGACUGGGGCCGGGGCCACUCCCAAGCCUGGGAGAGCUGACUGGGGAUUUGUAGAUAUUCAUUUCCCAAAGUUGCCUGCUGAGAAGCAGCUUCCCAGCACAGCAGGUUCAGGCCCUGCUUCUUUAGGACCUCACCCUUAGAUCUGGACCAGGUGGGCCUGAGGUGGGCCAGGAAAUACAAGGCAAAGGCCCACUGGGGAGGCUGCAGGUGAAUCUGGUUUCUGUGGAUCCUUUGUGAGAAUGCGAUGCUAAACCACACGGCCUCUCAUCCAUGACCAGGGAGAACUGGGUCAUUCUUCAGGGCAUGCCACAGACUCCUGCUUCUAGACAGGGCUUGGCUGGAGCCAGACUGGCCUUCAGGAUUGUUCAGUCUCCACAGGGGGACUCUGGCCGCCGGUGGGCUGCCACAGGGCCAAUCCCAGUGAAAGAAAUAAAAUGAUUGGAUAUGUUCAUGUCAUUAGAAAAAGGAUGCAGCAGGGGAUGGGAGGAGUUGGUUAAUGGAAUCACAUUUGCAGUAACAUAGUUGUCUAGUGUUUGGCAGCUCUGUAGGGUGACUGUCACUAACAGUGCUUUAUUGUGUAUUUUCAAGUAGCUAGAAGAGAGAAUUUUGGAUGUUCCUGUCAACCUAAAUAACAAAGGCAGGCUCUCCAAAAGAAAAAGAUACUUAAUCAAAAGUAGGGCAUUGCAACGGGAACAUGCGCGCCAUAGUAAACUGUGUGCGUAUUCUAGGAGGUAAAGAAAGACAAAGGUUUUUAAAGGAAAAAAUGAGGUUUUGAAAUAAUUAUCCUUGGCUAUGAAUAUCAGUAAUAAAGGUCACAGCAGUCCGAGGUUGGACAGGCAGUUGCUAGGCAAAUGUCCUUGCAGAAGUAAUUUUUGUGUGAGGUUGCAGCAGCCUGUGGGCAACGUUGUAAUUUUUGCAGGAUCUUCCGUGAUCGUUUUUGGUAUUAGGCAUACAAGCAUGAGAAUCCCCUCUUCAUGGACUCCCCAGCUCUAUUUGUUACAGUUUUUUUUUAAAACACUUGUGACUCCAUUUGAAUUCUAACGACUUUCACAUUCCCAACACAAAGAAAUGAUAAAUGUUUAAGGGAUUAAUAUGCUAAUUACCUUGAUCAUUACACAUUGUAUACAUGUUUCAAAAUAUCACACUGUAUACCAUAAAUAUGUACAAUUAUGUCUCAAAAAUAAUUAUUUUUAAUAAUAGAACCAGAAAAAAAGACGCAGACCCUCUAAUAAGGAGAUGGGAUCAGGAAUGAUUUCGUCGUUAAUUUAACCCACAUAAACAGCUAAUCCAAUUAUGGUAUGUAAAGACUGUGGCAACAGGAAAUGCCUGUCUUUGAACGUCGGGUCAUCUAACCAGCACGCCAAUGGUGAAAGAUUAACUUUGUCGGAAACCAGGAACCAUGAAGCAGAGGUCACUGUUUCCAACCUAUGUGUUUUCCACUGUAAUCGGCAGCCUCCCACUGAAUUUAUACCCAAGAGAAAUGGAAACAUAUGUCCACGCAGAAAUUUGAAUACAAAUGUUCAUAGCAUUAUUCAUAAUAGCCCAAAGUGGAAACAACCCAACUGUUCAACAGUGGAUGAACUGAUGAACAAAAUAUGUAUCCACACAAUGGAAGAAAAUGAAAGUGCUGACGCACGCUACCACACGGAUGAACCGGGAAAAUACUGUGAUGGGGAAAGAGACCAGAGACAAAGGACCACGUGUUGUAGGGUUCCAUGUGUAUGAAAUGUCCUAAUAAGCAAACUCAUAAGACAAAAAGCAGAUCAGUGGUCACUUAGGGCUAGGGUGAGGAGUGGCCUUUAGUGGGCACUGAGUUUCUUUGGGGGUAAUGGAAUUAGUGGUGGUGAUGGCACAAUUCUGUGACUAUACUAAAAACCAGUGGAUUGUAAGAGGGUGAAUUUUAUGAUAUAUGAAUUACACCUCAAAGCUGUUACUUAAAACAUAUGUGGAAAAUAAUAGGCAGUCACUUGCUAUUCUCAAUAAAACAGACCACAUAGGUAAGACCAAUACUUUUGGUCACAUUUUGGGUUUGGCUGAGAAUGGGGCAAGUGAGCAUAGUCACCCUUGUUGGUUCACAAAAAUAAAAGUUUCUCUGGAAUGACAACCUUUUACCAUGUGCCAGGUACUGUACUGUGCACUUGGCAUAUACCAAUUCAUGCAGCCCUUGUGACAGCCCCAUGAUGCAGGCAUUUCAUUAUCUCAAUUUUUUAGAUGGGGAAAUUGAGGUUAGGAGAGUUGAAUAACUUGCCCAUAACUGCACAGCUUCCAAGUUGCAGAAACAGAAUUUUCACCAAGUCGUCUUGCAAACUCCUCGUGUGGACUGGAAAAUUCUGUAUUAAGGUUAAUUUAUUCAUUUGUUGUUUAUUUCUAUUAAUAAUUAUUGAGUUACCAAUGGCAGUGCCAGAGGAUUUACCAUUUACCCCAAAGCUACUCUAAGAAAAAAUGUUCUUGCUGCUGAUCUACAAAAAGUUAAAACCAUGACUCUCUUGCAAAUAAAACAUGAACAUGUA